CACGCGGCGGCGGCAGGUGAUGCAAGGAUGACCAUGGCCCAGGCUGGAGCCGUAGUUGCAGCUGCCACGGGACUCCUCAUCUUCUUCCUGUACUCCUCCAUCCACAAGGUUGAGGAGGGGCACCUGGCUGUGUAUUACAGGGGCGGUGCGUUGUUAACUAGCCCGAGCGGACCAGGCUACCACAUCAUGCUCCCGUUCAUUACCACGUUCAAAUCCGUGCAGACCACGUUGCAGACUGAUGAAGUGAAAAAUGUGCCUUGUGGGACAAGUGGCGGUGUUAUGAUCUACAUUGACCGAAUAGAAGUUGUGAAUAAAUUGGCACCAUAUGCAGUGUACGAUAUUGUGAGAAACUAUACUGCAGACUACGAUAAGACCUUGAUCUUCAAUAAAAUUCAUCAUGAGCUGAAUCAGUUCUGCAGUGCCCAUACCCUGCAGGAAGUAUACAUUGAGCUGUUCGAUCAGAUAGAUGAGAAUCUGAAGUUGGCUCUGCAGAAAGAUCUCAAUGUCAUGGCACCAGGUCUCACUAUCCAGGCUGUGCGUGUUACAAAACCCAAAAUCCCAGAAGCCAUCCGAAGAAAUUUUGAGCUAAUGGAGGCUGAGAAGACCAAGCUGCUGAUUGCAGCCCAGAAGCAGAAGGUAGUAGAGAAGGAGGCAGAGACAGACCGGAAGAAAGCGCUCAUUGAGGCAGAGAAGGCUGCUCAGGUGGCCAGGAUUCACUAUCAACAGAAGAUUAUGGAGAAGGAAACAGAGAAGCGAAUUUCUGAGAUUGAAGACGCUGCGUUCCUAGCAAGAGAGAAGGCAAAAGCUGAUGCAGAGUACUACACUGCUCGGAAGCUGGCCGAUUCCAACAAGCUGAAACUUACCCCCGAGUAUCUGGAACUAAUGAAAUACCAAGCGAUAGCUGCGAACAGCAAGCUGUAUUUUGGUGACCGCAUCCCCAAUGUGUUUCUGGAUUCCUGUGCCUUCCAGCGAGCCAAUCUGAGGACUGCCCGAGAACCAGCCUUCCUUUACAGGAGGCCCCAGAGACCUCUGGAGAAAGCCACCUCAGAGCAAAGGAAAGCACUGGCUGACAGAGGUAGAAAGAUACUCGGUAUAGCUCAACAGCUAGCCCAGCUGUGAAUGGGGAUGUUGCCCUGUGCUGGUGGGGCGAAUGCAGCGCAUGCGUGGACAUCUUGUGUUAUAGGUGGCAGUUGGGUUGAUUUUCUUCUAGCAACACAUUGCAAGUGCUCUGCCUCUUCCGUUUCUUCCCCUAUUAAAUUGGUGCUUCCAAAUGAGGAAUAAUCCUGUACUAACAUACCUAUACUGGAAUAUUAAAAGACAGACACCGGGAAAGCCUUCCGCAGUAGGUGCAAUUAUUUAGCAAGCAUUACUCUGGAGGUAAGAGAUGUGGCUUUGAGUGCUAUGUUGCUGCACACUGGUCAUUCCCCAGUGCUCCUCACUGAGGCCGAGCGAAGAGGUUUUGUUCAUCCUGCCGAUGAAGCUUCACUUUGUGGACUCCAAGGCAGGUUUCUUCUGGCGCUAUCUAACUCUCCUCAAGGACUCCAGUGGAAUGGGCUAUCCUUGGCCAGCGGAGGCUGCGUGUUCCUGCUCAGGGCAAGGCCUGACGAGGAGUGGUUCGGUGUGGAAUAGCUUAUUUGAAUAGGAUCUGCAUAGCCAUAAUCUUCUUUCCCGUAGGCAGUGGCACUAGAUAAUGACUUGGAGCAAGCAAUCUCUAACGGGCUUCUGUAACUCCCCCUCUCCAAGCAAGAGCCUCACGCUGGCUUCCUGUGACUGACUGUAGUACGUUUCAGCUGGGUGGCUGGGUCUCACCUUGCACCCUAAACCAGAUUUCAGAGCGCGUGGAGCACCUCCGAGCAGCUGGUUGGUAGCAGAGCUGGGAAACGUUUGCUGAGACCCCAGCCUCCCUGUAGGUCUUUUCACCAGGGAAAAGGGGCUGAAUUUCCACUGCUCUGCCUUGCUGGCAAAGUGAAGGGGAAGAGAAGAGUGAAGGGACCCUGCUCUGCAGCAGAUCAGAUGUCUGACACCUCAGCUGCAAAGUAGGUGAGGCAUCACUGCUCCCCAGUGCAAAAUCCACCGCUCCAAGAAGUGGGGCCUGCCUCGUGUGUCCUUGAACAGCUGCCGUGGGGAGUCUGUUCCUGGUCGUCUUAUCACUGGCCAGGCUUUGCUGCAUCACAGGGCUUUUGACUCACGAGCGAUGCUGGCAGGAUGAUCUUUUCUCCUGGAGUGUGCUGUAAUAUAUCUAACCCCUGUUCCCCGUGUGCUGCUGGAGGGUGAGAGAAAGAGAUGUGCUCAGGGGGGAGAUCUGCUGGUAUGAUCUGCUUUCCUCUUUUCCUCUGUCCUCCCUUUUGCCUGCGAGGACAUGCUUGUUUCUAGGACCGGUUUCUUGUUGUGUUCUGCAACGAUCCCAGAAGACAGUGGCUGGGGAAGCAACUGGCAAGAGCUUGAACUGGAAAGCCAUUCCCCAGCUGGUAGCACCGCAGCAUUGCCUGCCUCUGAACCCACCACAUGUUCAGAGACCGUCUCUCCUCCACCAGCCUGGGAUAUCUGUACGUUCAUCCUGCUUUCCUGUCCCCUCAGGUGCUGCCACGUGCAGUGCUCGGCCCUGGCACGGUUCACCGGACAGGUCGGUUGGUGGUGACUCUCUGGGCACUCGGCCGGUUGGUGCUGGCAUUGAGAUCUUCUGUCCCUGGCACCAUCUGCAGCCUCGUGGCAAGGGGAGGAACAUGCUUAGCUUUUGCCUCGGUGAAACAUUCAACCCAAAACGAACGGCCUGAACUUCACCUCUGCUAAUGAUUUCCCUACGUGAGUUGUGUGGGCUUCAGGCUUUCCGGUGCUGUUUCCCUUGGCUUGACUAGGAGGAUGGCAAUGUCUCUCCUCAAGGAAGUUUGGUAACAUGCGGUGCCUUAUGCUGUCUGAGCUCCUGCCCUGGCUGCCUCUCCUCCAUCUCUGGGGCAGAGCAGGGAUGCAUUGGCCCUGCCUCUCCUGCUGCCGCUGCUGGCCAUCUUGGGUAAUAUAUGACUGUGGGACUUUGCAGCAGUUUCAGAUGGUCUUUCUUUCCUCCAUCUGUCUGCAAACACCCAAGUUGGUGCUCUGCUCCAAGAUACUAGCUCCUCUUCAAACGCAGCUCUGGCAGGAGCCAGGGACCAGGACCCUGCCCCAGUGAGAGGCCAGCUGAAGGUGUUGAGCACCAAUCCUGGCUUCAGGGAGCUCGUGCGUGAGCGUGCUUCCUCGUGCUCUGAGGAUGAGUGGAAGGGUACCGCUGUCACCAGGAGGAGAGGUUUUUCUGGUUUUCGCUGUGCACACCUGGUGCGCAGGGCUUGUGGCACAGCCCACGUGCCUUGCAGAUCGCAGCCUGGGGAGCACUAAGCCGAGCUUUUGCAUGGGGAGGCUCAUAUCUUCACCUGCCGAAGGCUUGGGCAAACAGUGCCCUCCUGGUGCAGAGCGGCCUUCGAAGGACGCUGGUGGGCAGGAGAGCAGGAAGGAUGUCUGCAUGUCACGCUGGAAGGCGGCUCAGCCAGCAGGCAGGGCAGAGCUGAAACCCAUGGCUGAUGGCGGGAGAGGAGCGGGCAGGCACAGUGUCAGCCCCGUUAGACCCUGCAGUGCCCUCCCCAGGGGAAGGGUACGAGGGCAGAGAGGGGAUGGCAGCGCAUUUCGUAGCUGUGGUGGUUGAAAUGUCUCCUGGAAGUACUGUUUGACUUGCGAGGUCCCCUUUCUCCUGUGGGAAGGGGGAGUCCGCAUCUCUUUGACCUUCCACCUCCUUGGUGUAGCUGGCUUGCAGCGGGCGCUUUGCAGCAGAAACACGGCCUCUCCUCACCCCAGCAGCAGCCGCUUUGGUUGAAUUUUGAGAUGAAGGCAGGCUUGUUAGAACAGAAGCACUCCUGGAGGGAACAUAGAUUUGUCUCCAUGUGGUACUCACUGGGGUUGGGCACUACCCAGUGCUGGCAUCAAACCCUGGGCAUCAGGCUGGGUGGACAGGGUAGGUUCUGCCAGCCUGACAAGAAGGAAGGGCACGAGGGGAACCACUAGAAGCAAUAACCAGGCAGCUCACAGCUCUCCUGCAGUGAUCAGAGCAAGAUCACCGUGCAGGGAGCAGGAAAGCCUUCCAGGCCAGUGCAGGAAGGGCUGCUUCCCUUUGGAUCUGAGCCUUGCUGGGCCUCCCUGCGGCCAUCUAGGUGGCUGCAUGGCUUUGCCAUUAGUGGCCGUCACUCUGGCUAAAUGUCAUCCUGCUCUGGUUGGGUAUGCAUCAGCCACCUCCUACCCGUGUGGUCUGAGGGACACCGGGGGAUGCUCCUGUGGUUUGAAGUCCUGCAGCAACAUGUGUGUGGUGCUCAGUGCCUUCUGCAAAAGCCUCCUCCAUCCCUCUCUGCUUCCCCAGCCACUGCUUCAGAAGCCUGAGUGGGUGUGCAAGAGGAGGAAAUCACCACGGGUUUAACACCCCAGUCUGGGCUUUGCCUCUGUCUGAGCUGGGAGCUGCGGAGCAGGAAUACAAGUGCAACCAGGAAUGUGGGAUUGAACUGGUUUUUCUCUCCAUUCAAAAGGCCUGUGUGGUCCUGUGACUGAAGGGGUCUGCCACUGGAUCUGCACCUUCUUUAAGGAAACACGAUAUGUAUGUUCAAGUUUACAUGCACAGUGUUAAGUUCUUUUGAUAAAGCAGAAUAAAAUUAUUUUGUUACCAUUUCCUUGGCUUUAUGCAUCCUAGGGCUGGUGUCACUGUAGGCACGUGGAGGGGGACAUUUAUGCCUCUCAUCCCGCAGUAACACUGCAUCUAGUUGCAUGUCCCCAGCUGCAGUGACUGCCACCC